AUGUACUUUGUUUAUGGCCAUGGUGGAACUGGAAAAACAUAUAUAUGGAAUACAUUGAGCACCUCCUUACGUUCUGAGGGAAAGAUUGUUUUGAAUGUAGCUUCAAGUGGUAUUGCCUCAUUAUUAUUGCCAGGAGGUAAAACUGCUCAUUCUCAAUUUCGCAUUCCAAUUGCGGUUAAUGAAGAUUCAAUUUGUAAUAUAAAACAAGGUAGUCAUCUUAGUGAACUGCUUAUCAACACUUCCUUAAUAAUAUGGGAUGAAGCACCCAUGGCCAAUAAAUUUUGUUUUGAGGCUCUUGAUAAGUCUCUGAGAGAUAUCAUGAAAGUUCAACAAGCAGAUGCUGCGUUAAGGCCCUUUGGUGGCAAAGUUAUUUUGCUUGGUGGUGACUUUCGACAAAUUAUUCCAGUUGUGCGAAAAGGUAGUAGAGAGGAUAUUGUAUUUGCUGCAAUCACUUCUUCAUAUUUAUGGAAAGAUUGUAAGGUUUUUACAUUGACUAAAAAUAUGAGACUAUUGACUAAUGCAACAUCUAAAGAUGCAAUGAGAGUUCAAGAAUUUGCAAAUUGGAUUAUCUCAAUUGGUGAUGGAAAAGUUGACGACAACCAUAAAGAAGCAGAAGAAAUUACAAUUCCAGAUGAGUUAUUGUUAAACCCUACUCAAGAUCCUCUUAGGUGUAUUAUUGAUUCCACUUAUCCAGAACUGCUACAGAAUAUACAUAGUGCAUGUUAUUUCCAGGAGCGUGCUAUCUUAGCUCCAACAUUAGCAAUUGUUGAUGAAGUCAAUGAAUAUGUUUUAUCCAUGCUCCCUGGUGAUGAAGUUUGCUACUUAAGCGCAGACACAGUUUCUAAACAAGAUGAAAUAGGAGGUGCUUUACAAGAUAUUCACUCGCCAGAAUUCUUGAAUUCAUUAACAAUGUCAGGACUACCUAACCAUGAAAUCAAGCUUAAAGUAGGGGCUCCUAUUAUGCUUAUGCGAAAUAUCAACAAAUCUAUUGGUCUUUGUAACGGCACUCGAUUAAUUGUCAGUAAACUUGUCAGACAUGUCAUUGAAGCUGAGAUCAUGACAGGAAUCUCAAAAGGUCAAAAAAUUUUAAUUCCUCGAAUGACUAUUACUCCAUCAGAUACAAGUUUACCUUUCACAAUAUGCAGAUGCCAAUUCCCUAUUAUGUUGUCCUUUGCAAUGACGAUUAAUAAAAGCCAAGGACAGAGUCUCACAAAUGUUGGAUUGUACCUCCCACGACCUGUAUUUACACAUGGUCAGUUGUACGUUGCUAUAUCUCGAGUUCGUAGCAGAUGUGGCUUGAAGAUUUUAAUUCUAGAUGAAGAGGGUAAACCAACAAACAAAACCAACAAUGUUGUUUAUAAAGAAAUCUUUAAUGGUUUGACAUAG